AUGAGGGUAAUUGGUCUAUUCUGCGCCUUCGUGGGAAGCCUUCCGGCGACUGCAAAUAGCUUUGUUCCUAGCACUUCGCAUGGAUCAACCAAUCUUCCAACGAAUAAUGAAGGAACCAUCAAGAUGACGUCCGAUUCUAAUAUUGAACCAGUUUACGCGGCCAAGACCGUAAGUGCUUUUGACAAAUACAAGAAAGAACAUGCCCAAUCCAUCAAGAGUCCAUCCAAAUAUUGGGGAAAGCUUGCCAGAGAAGUCUUGGAUUGGGAGGUUCCGUUUGACUCCCAUAGAGUUUUGCAAGGCGAUUUGACCAAUGGUGAUGUUCGUUGGUUCAGUGGGGGGAAAUUGAAUGUUGCCUACAAUGCAUUGGACCGACACGAUCCAAAAAAACUUGCUAUGAUUUGGGAAGGAGAUGAACCUGAUGAUGUCAGAAGGAUCACUUAUGGUGAAAUGACCAACAAGGUAUCCCAAAUCGCCAACGCACUCAAAGCUAAGGGAGUCAAGAAAGGACAAGUUGUUACAAUUUACAUGCCAAUGAUUCCGGAACUUGCCAUGACCAUGUUGGCCUGUGCGCGAAUUGGAGCUGUCCACUCUGUCGUUUUUGCAGGAUUUUCGUCGGACGCUUUGGGGAGCCGUAUUCAAGCUGCAAACUCCGAGGUAGUUGUGACUGCUGAUCAUGGUCUUCGUGGUAGCAAGCGUAUUCCUCUUAAGGAUAUCGUUAAUGCUGCCGUUGAGCAUGUCAAGGACAAAGACCUUGUCAAGCAUGUGCUUGUUUGGGAACGCAACUACGAAGGACCAGAAUCAGAAGCGCCCUACGAAAUGAACUCUAACGAUGUCCGUAUGGACAUUCUGGUUGAUGACCAACGUCCAUACUGCCCACCAGAGCCUAUGGAAGCAGAAGAGAAUCUUUUCAUCUUAUACACUUCUGGUUCCACUGGACUGCCAAAGGGUUUGGUUCACACCACUGGUGGAUACGCAUUGUAUGCUGCACACACAACCAAGACAACUUUCGACCUUGCCCCCGAUGAUAUUUUCGCAUGCGUUGCCGAUUGUGGAUGGAUCACUGGUCACUCUUAUGUUGUUUACGGACCACUUCUGAACGGGGCAACAACUUUCAUGUUUGAAUCCACUCCAGUCUACCCCGAUGAAGGCCGAUACUGGGAUAUGGUGCAACGACACAAGAUCACUCAAUUCUACACUGCACCAACUGCCAUUCGUCUCUUGAUGAGGUACGGUGAAGAAGCUGUGCAGAAAUACGAUCUGAGUAGUUUGAAGGUCUUGGGAACUGUCGGUGAACCCAUCAACCCCGAGGCAUGGAGAUGGUACUACGAAGUUGUUGGCAAGUCCAAAUGCACCAUCGUCGAUACCUACUGGCAAACGGAGACUGGAGGACACAUCGUUACAAAUAUUCCUGGAGUUACACCUAUGAAGCCAGGAUCAUGUACUCUGCCAUUCUAUGGAAUUGAUGCUGUUGUGUUGGAUCCAGCCGAUGGCCACGUUGUGGAGCCGGACGAAAACGGAAAAGCUGAAGGUGUCAUGGCCGUUCGCCAACCGUGGCCAGGAAUGGCAAGAACUUGUUUGGGCGAUCACGCAAGAUACAAGACCGUCUAUUUGAAGCCAUAUCCUGGAUACUACUUUACAGGGGAUAGUGUGAUGCGUGACGAAGAAGGAAACCACUUCAUUAUUGGGCGUGUUGACGACAUUAUCAAUGUCAGUGGACACAGAAUUGGAACUGCCGAGGUUGAAAGUGCUUUGGUUGCCCACCCAGCUGUGGCUCAAGCUGCUGUUGUUGGACGACCGCACGAUCUCAAGGGCCAAUCGAUUGCAGCAUUUUGUAUGCUGAGAAAAGGAUACGAGGAAUCUCCUGAACUUUUGACGGAACUGAAGAUGAAUGUGCGCCACGAAGUUGGAGCAUUCUGCAGUCCCGACCUUAUUGUGGUUUCACCAACUUUGCCCAUGACAAGAUCUGGAAAGAUCAUGCGUCGCAUUUUGCGCAAGAUUGUUUGUGGAGAAACUGACAGCUUGGGUGACAUCAGUACUCUUGCAGAUCCUUCUAUUGUUGAUACUUUGAUUGAAAAAGUUGGGAAAAAGUAA